CAAAACCGGAUAGCGCCGAGGGGUCCUAGUGGGACGCCUGCCAUUGAGAGUGACGUCAGAACACCGCUCAUCAGCUGAUUGAAUCAAAGCAGCGUUCAUAACGUUUGAUUAUAGCUGUCAGAGGACCAAGCACCACUCCUGGCAAUUCGGGAUAUUCAGAUCGUAUAUAAUUGUCAUGAGUCAGUUGGAUUUGUCAGCAUGGAUAAGAUUUUGGAGGCCCUCGUCUGCUCCAACCACACUGUCCCAGUAAAGAAGGCCAUCGUGAAGAAGGUAGUAGAGGCAGCAGAAAAGGAGGUCACGUCGGAGCAAUGCAAAGCCCUUUUUACCCUCACAGCCCGCCUCAUCCUUCUGGGAGAGGAUGCCUUCCAGAAACAGGUGGGCUUCCAGGUGAUGGAGGCUUACGCCCGUUAUCACCGCACAGAGUUCCAGCUCUUCUUCACUAAAGACUAUGUCCUGGGCCUGCUGCAGCAGGGCUAUGACCGACUGGAGUGUAAAGAUCCAGCCAUCAUCGAUUACAUCCACUGCUGCCUGAGGCUGCUCAUCAGCUGUCCCUCCGUGCUGGAGAUCUUCGCUGUCCUCCAAGUGGAGCUCUUGAGGAUGGUGUGUGAGCGACCCAAGCCCGCCCUGUGUGCCCGCAUCAGCACGUUGCUCUCAGAUUUUGUCCAGUGCAUCCCAAGGGAGAAGUCUGCUGUGUUGUUCUGCCAGCAGCUGGUCAGGACCAUCAGCUAUUUCCACUGCCCGGCAAGUCAGGAGCGGGAGCUUAGGGAGUAUGUGGGUCAGGUGACCAAGGUUAGCACACUGCUGCAGAACAUCUGGAAAGCAGAGCCGGCUACGCUGCUACCCUCGCUACAGGAGGUGUUCGCCAUCAUAUCAUCCACCGAUCCCUCCUUUGACCCGGCGAUUUCCCUGGCCAGUCUUGUGCAGCAUAUCCCCCUGCAGAUGAUCACUGUGCUCAUCAAGAGCCUCACCACUGACCAGAAUGUCAAGGAUGCAAGCAUGACCAAGGCCCUCUGCAGAAUGAUAGACUGGCUCUCGUGGCCCCUGGCUCAACACAUUGACACCUGGGUGAUUGCUCUGCUCAAAGGACUGGCUGCAGUACAGAAGUUCACCAUCCUCAUAGACGUCACCCUGCUGAAGAUCGAGCUGGUGUUGAACCGGCUGUGGUAUCCCAUCGUACGGCAAGGGGCCUUGGUGGUUCUCUCCCACAUGCUGCUCAGCUUCCAGCACUCUCCUGAAGCCUUCCAUCUGGUGGUUCCCCACGUGGUAAACCUGGUACAGACCAUACGUGCCGAUGGUCUGUCCACCAGCAAGGCCUUCCUGCUGCAGCUCACCGAGCUCAUCCACUGCAUGAUGUACCAGUACUCUGGCUUCCCUGAUCUCUAUGACAACAUACUGGAGGCCAUCAAGGAUCUACCAAAGCCUGCAGAGGACAAGAUUAAGGUGGUCCUAAAUCAAAGUGCCUGGUCAUCCCAGUCCAACUCCUUUGCUUCUGGUGUCCUGAGGCAGGCUGGGAAGUCUGAGACCGGGAAGACCGGUCUGAUCAACUUGGGGAACACCUGCUACAUGAACAGCAUCAUCCAGACCCUCUUCAUGGCCACUGACUUCAGGAGACACGUCCUGUCUCUCCAUCUCAGCGGUACCAACAUGCUGAUGAAGAAGCUGCAGCUGCUCUUCGCCUUCCUCUCCCACACACAGAGGGCAGCGUACCCGCCCAGGAACUUCUUCGAGGCUUCCCGCCCCCCGUGGUUCAACGCAGGCUCCCAGCAGGACUGCUCCGAAUAUCUACGCUUUCUCCUGGACAGGUUACACGAAGAGGAGAAGACGCUUCAGAUCCUGCAGUCGGCAAAGCCAAUGAACGGCCUUCUGGGCCUGGCUCCUUCAGAGGACGCCAAGGAGUCCCGUUUCCCUGCGGAGGACGCCCGACCUCCGGAGGACAGCAGCACUCUGAUCGAGAGGAUGUUCGGCGGCCGGCUGAGCACGGGCGUUCGCUGCACGCAGUGCAACAGCAUCUCCCAGAAGGAGGAGCCCUUCACCGACCUCUCCCUGGCCUUCUGCCCGUCCUCCGCCACCACCACCACCCCUUCCCAGAAGACCCCCUCCGAGGAGCCCAAGGGCCUGGGCCAGGGGUCGGUCAACGGCGGCAGCGAGGCGCCGGAGCACCAAGGUCCGGCCAAGUCCUCGGUGACCGUGUCGGGCCAAGAGUCGGCCCCGGGCACCCACGAGCCGCCGCUCUCGGUGCCCGACCUGGUGAACUACUUCCUGGCGCCGGAGAUCCUGGACGAGGAGAACGCCUACUUCUGUGACACGUGCGGCUCGCUGCAGCGGGCCGAGAGGACGAUGGAGGUGGUGGCGGCGCCCGAGUACCUGAUCCUCACGCUGCUGCGCUUCUCCUACGACGCCAAGUGCCACGUGCGCCGCAAGAUCCUGGACAACGUCACCAUGCCGCCGCUGAUGACGCUGCCCUUGCACUCCCCUCCCCCGUCGCCCUCGCCGCACAGACCCGCCGCCGCCGCCGGGGCCUCCUCGUCCCCCCUGUGCGCCAUCGCUCCGCCGUCGCCCACUGCGCUCCAAGUGGACUCCCCGGAGAGCAGCGAGAACCUGGCCAAAAAACUGAAACCCUCCCACAAAGAGGAGGAGGAGGAGGAGGAGCAGCAGGAGGAGGAGGUGGAGGUGGUGGAGGGGGAGGAGGAGGAGGAGGGGGAGCAGGAGGUGACCGGGGGGACGGACUGCGCGGAGCAGAUGGAGGGGUACGGGAGGAGGGUCAGCCUGGUGCCCUACGUGCUGAGCUCCGUGGUCAUGCACUCGGGGACGUCCUCGGAGAGCGGCCACUACUACUCGUACGGCCGCAGCCUCGGCGGGAAGCAGCGUCCGGAGGCGGGGCCGGAGGCGGGGCCUGGGAGCGCCGCCGCCGCCUUGACGAGGCCGCAGUCCACGCAGUCGGAGGCGUGGCCGGGCGGCGCCGGGGUGCCGAGGGACUGGAUGCUGUUCAACGACAGCCGGGUGUCCUUCACCUCCUUCCAGUCGGUGCAGAACGUGACGGAUCGCUUCCCCAAGGACACGGCGUACGUGCUCGUCUACAGGAAGCAGGAGGCCAGCGCGCCGGGCGCCGCCAGGGGAGGGAUGCCCAACGGGAUGAGCCUGAGCGCCGAGCCCCCCCUGCAGAAGGAGCUGCUGGACGCCAUCACGAAAGACAACAAGCUGUACUUACAGGAACAGGAGCUGAACGCCCGAGCCCAGGCACUCCCGGCUUCCUCGGCCUCCGGCUCCUUCACACACGGCUCGACGCCAACGACCCCCCGGGGAAGCUGCGGACCCUCGGGUGGAGGGGGAGGUGGAGGGGGCUUCAACACCGUCAGCAGACUGGUCUUCUGAACACUGAGGAAGCGGUCCGAAAGAGAGAGAGAGAGAGAGAGAGAGUGGCUUGUGUAGUAGAAGAACUGCCA